GGAGCAUCCUGGCAGCUCCGGGCCACGAGGAGGUAACUGGCCGGGCGGAGGAGGUGAGGGGUUGGCUCCGGUUUGGCCCGGGGGCCGUAGAGUGUGCGGCCGAACCCUCUGCGUGGCCUCCGUCGCCGCGUGCUGGGUGCGGGCCAGAAACCGCGUGGAGCGGAGGGCGCGGGAGAGACGCCGCGGCUGAGAGGAGGACGCCGGGAGCGUGGAUCCCGGAGUGGACGGUGGUGUGAGGAAGACGCGGGGGCGCGCGCGCGCGCGCGUGUGUGAGAGGAGAGACCCCGAGUGACUUUGCCACAGUAAACACAGGCGUACAGAAACCAUUUACCAUGGAAGCCAGGGAGCUUGGGAGUCCCACACCCACCUACCAUCUUCUCCCCAAGGCCAACCAGCACACUGUAAAAGAAGAUGCCAGCUCACCAUCUCAAGGGUCUCCAGAAACUAUGCAGCUGAAGAAGGAGAUCUCCUUGCUGAACGGGGUCAGCCUGGUGGUGGGCAACAUGAUUGGCUCAGGGAUCUUUGUCUCGCCCAAGGGUGUUCUAAAAUAUACUGCUUCCUAUGGGUUGUCACUUGUAGUGUGGGCCAUUGGUGGGCUCUUCUCUGUUGUGGGUGCCCUUUGUUAUGCAGAACUGGGGACCACUAUCACCAAGUCAGGGGCUAGUUAUGCUUAUAUUCUAGAGGCCUUCGGAGGCUUCAUUGCCUUUAUCCGCCUGUGGGUCUCACUUCUAAUUGUUGAGCCCACCAGUCAGGCCAUCAUCGCCAUCACCUUUGCCAACUACAUCAUCAAGCCCUCUUUCCCCACCUGUGAUCCUCCAUACCUGGCCUGCCGUCUCCUCGCUGCUGCCUGCAUAUGUCUGCUGACAUUUGUGAACUGUGCCUAUGUCAAGUGGGGCACACGAGUACAAGACACAUUCACGUAUGCCAAGGUCCUGGCACUCAUUGCUAUCAUUAUCAUGGGCCUUGUUAAACUGUGCCAGGGACACACUGAGCACUUUCAGGACGCCUUUAAAGGUUCCUCGUGGAAUGUGGGAGACCUCUCUCUUGCCCUGUACUCUGCCCUCUUCUCUUACUCAGGUUGGGACACCCUUAAUUUUGUAACAGAAGAAAUCAAAAACCCAGAAAGGAAUUUGCCCUUGGCCAUUGGAAUUUCUAUGCCAAUUGUGACACUCAUCUACAUCCUGACAAACGUGGCCUAUUACACAGUGCUGAACAUUCAGGAUGUCCAUAAGAGUGACGCUGUGGCUGUGACCUUUGCUGACCAGACAUUUGGCAUGUUCAGUUGGACCAUCCCCAUUGCUGUUGCUCUGUCCUGCUUUGGGGGCCUAAAUGCAUCUAUCUUUGCUUCAUCAAGGUUGUUUUUCGUGGGCUCUCGUGAGGGCCACCUCCCGAACCUCCUGUCCAUGAUCCACAUUGAGCGCUUUACACCUGUGCCUGCCUUGCUGUUCAAUUGCACCAUGACACUUAUCUACCUCGUCGUGAAGGAUGUUUUCCUGCUCAUCAACUACUUCAGCUUCAGCUACUGGUUCUUUGUGGGCUUGUCCGUUGUUGGGCAGCUCUACCUUCGUUGGAAAGAGCCUGACUGGCCUCGACCUCUCAAGUUGAGCCUCUUUUUUCCCAUCGUGUUCUGCAUAUGCUCCUUGUUUCUGGUGGCCGUACCCCUCUUCAGUGACACCAUCAAUUCCCUCAUCGGCAUUGGGAUUGCCCUCUCUGGGGUCCCUGUCUACUUCAUGGGUGUUUACCUGCCAGAGUCCCGGAGGCCACUCUUUAUUAGGAAUAUUCUGGCUACUGUCACCAGAGUAACCCAGAAGCUUUGCUUUUGCGUCUUGACUGAACUAGAUGUAGCUGAAGAGAAAAAUGUUGAGAGGAAAACUGACUAGAAGCCAGAGAUGACAUUCCCUGAAGCCCAUAAGGCUGUGACUACAGCCACCAAAGACCAGUUCCCUAAACCUUCUGAAUUAAAGGAGCCUCUUGGCCCACAUUCUCUAAGGGGGCUCAGGGCCAAUGCUCUCUCAUUGGUAAGCUAUGGGAAGAUACUGAUCAGGCCAGCCUGAAGAUGGGGGACUUUAAUGGGGGGGAGAUUGGGGGUUGAUUUAGUUUUACUUCUGAUGAGUAGAUGCAGCCCUGAAGGAAUAUUAGAUUGACAGUGCUGGCUUUUGAUUCACAGCUAUUCAUAGUUUAAAUCAGGAGUCUACAGUGGGGCUCCUUCAUGGGAAGUUUUCCUCUGACCAAGUCUGACUUGAUUUUUAGAGGUCUGAAAUGCUACCAUUUCUUCCUGUGGCUCAAAAUUCUUCCUUGAGGAGAGCGUUGUAUUCCCUGUUUUUUUGCUGGGUAGGCGUUAUUUAACUGACUUGGGAUCAAUGUGUGCCUCAUUUCCUGAAUUCUACAAGAGGAACAGCACUCCCUCCCUGGAACGUCCUGCUCAAGCAAACAGUAAGCUUGAUGAGAAGACUGUUCGGGAUCUAGGCAUGAAAGUCCUCUAAUUUGUGGAUCCGAAUGUUGGGGUAUCUUUGGGAUCUCAUUGUGUAUAGACUAUCCAUCUCCUUGAGGAGGUGCUGCCUGUCUGACUUUGCUUCAAUCGUAUUAGCAGUAUGGUCAGGAUCCUUAGGCAAGGAGGUGAGUUUCUGGCUCAUAAAGGAAUUUGCCUGGGCAACUUGAUUGUGCCCUUCCUAGCUGAAUCCAUGGUGCUGUGGAGCCCUUGAAACAAGGGCUGAAAGAAAACCUCGCUACUCCAGCCAAGUGGAACAUCUACUACCUGGACAAGCCACAACUGUCACCAAAUUUCAACUCCUGUAUUUCAUUAUUUAUUGAUAUUUAAUCCAGGACACCAGUUGUAACAAACCAUUAGCGAUCAUUUGUCUACAGGAUGCAAUAAGUGAAUUGUGUUUGAAAAAAGUAUCUUAGCUGGCCUGGUGGCACGCAUCUGUAACCUGAACACCUGGCAUGGUGAUGCAUAAGGAGUUUGAAUUUGAGGCUAACUUAGGUUACAUAAUUUCCAGGUAGUUACUCUGGAAAGAUCAGCUAAGAUCUUAUCUCAUCAUAUACCUGUUAUACUUUAAUAUAUAGAUAAGUCACAUGUUAUUAUCAUUUGGCUCAGUUCCAGCAAGGACAGAUGAUCAACUUCAUGAGUCAGAAGUCUGGUAAUACUGCUAUUUUGAAGGACAAUCCUUUGUCUUAUUAAGACUGUAGAUCUUUGUUCUACUUGAUAUAAAAUAAAUCUUUGGAUUUUUGGUAUGAACUGCAAGAGACCUGGAAUGUUUUGCAUAAGGUCUUAUGCAAAAUUCAGGUAGAUAACCUGAUUUAUCAGUUGUCAUUGGACUCCUGGAUUCAAGUCAUCAAAUAAUUAUCUUUAAGAGCCUGUGUGAGAUUUGCUAUGUAUGGACUCACAAAAGCCCACUCUGCUGGAAGUGGUCAUUAACUUUCUGAAAGCACCAAGCUUUGUUUACACUCUGAACCAUCUUGGGUCAUGGGAUGGUAUACCUGCUUGCCUUCUCUUGCCCAAGGGCUGGUGAGAUUGAAGUCUCAGAAAAUGCUUGGUACUUGUGCAUCUACUGUUUUCUCCCUGUGAAGACUGAUGAAGACUAAAAGAAAACAGCUUCAACCUCAACCUGGCUCCUGGUAAAGGGGAGAAACAGCAAAUUCUGGUGAUCAAACUAGGCUACCAGUUAAAGCCAAAACAGGCUUGGAUCUUUGUGAGCAGUUUGUCUACACUAGAUUGUACAACUAUCUUGAUGCCCUUAGACACUGCCAUCUUAGACACAGAAGAACCUGCUCUGCUGUCUUGGCAUCCCUCAUGGACAUUUCUUCUUUAAGCUUUAGAGUUUGUGAACAAUACAGAUAGUAAAUAACUAUGUGGCAGUCUCCCAGUACCAAACUGGCCCUAGAUGCACAGGAAUUACCUUGGAUAUAUGCUUGCUCAAUAAAGACUUAGGGGAGUAUGAUCACAGUU